AUUCUAGCAUAAACUGUGUGCUGCGCAUUAUGCAUAUGUAGAGCCGCGCAGCGGCUACAAAUGAUUAAUUUCUCGCUCUUUCGUUGAAUUUCAAGCGUUUCGAAUGUUGAAUAUGGCCAACGCCAUGCUGCAGCACGAUAGCGAGAAAGAACGUUUUCAGAAAUUAAUUACUGACACAAUUUGCAUGCUGUGCAAAUCGAGCUUCUCGACGCAACCUCGAAUUACCGUCGAUGGCCUGCUUGGUAUCACGUUAUCUUCCGACGAAGUCUUCCUCGUUAAAAUCAAUCAGACAAUUACGAAUGAUUACAUCUCUUCCCCGACCAAAUCCGUGAAGGAGGAGGUCGCCUCUCCAAACGAUGAAAUCGCCCCGCCCGUCUUCCCUAUGUCUAAAACGUCCAUCUUUGGCUCACGUCGCUCUCAGCCUAGCAAGCCAGAAAGCAGGAAUGAAGAUAUCGCCCAAGAUGACGAUGAUGUUGACGAUGGAGAAGAAGAAGAAGAAGAAGGUUUAGAGGAUAACAAGCUUAUUAUUGACCAUGAAAAAGAAAACAACGAUGAUACAAAUUGCAAGAAUGGCGAGGCAUCUGCGCCUAACUCAACUUCAGUUUCCUCCGCUACCACUCCCACUUCCUCUUCAUCUUCCUCUUCUUCCACUUCUCAUAACGCAAUACCAUUCGAAAAUCUUUUAAAAAUGGCCCGUAUGUCGUCCAAACCGCAAUCGUGCACGGAAUGCGGAGCGACUUUUCCGUCAGCCUUCGAUUUAUCGAAGCACACUUUAACACACAUCAAAGCACCUUCUGCAAACUUACUGCAACCUACGUCACAUAUUAUAAUGUCCCCUCCGACAGCUAUACCUCCGACAACCCCAUCCAGCCCCCCAAACUUCCCAUGUUACGAAUGCGGUAAAUUGUUUAAAGCGAAGAGCGAAUUACAAAUUCAUAUUCGAAUCCAUACUGGCUAUCGACCCUAUAAAUGUACUCAAUGCGGAAAAGGUUUCACCCAAAAAUCGGCGAUGAACCGGCAUCUUUGGACUCAUACUAAUUCAAGGCCAUUCUACUGCGAUAUUUGUCAUAAGGGCUUCCUCACAAAACAGAACCUCAAUUCACACCUCGCCUCGCACGUUCAUCGUUCGCCUCUACUUUCUCAACAGAUGAGCUCCAUCUCGGAAUUUCAAGUGAAACAACAGGCACUUAUGGCCGCCGCUGCCGCUACUGCUAAUAAACAACCUCUACCCUUCCCGACCCAGGCUCUUACUCCCGUCAAACAGACGCUGGCCGUCUCCAAACCGGACAAGGCGGAUAGCGUUUCCCAAGUGAAGAACUUCCCGUCCAACAUCGAUCUAGAGGCGUAUACAAACGCCCUAAAAGCGCUUAUGCCACAAUCGCAGUUAGAUCUCUGCCUACCGAAACGCGAUUCAAACGACAAUGAACACGAAUCGGACGACGAUGAGGAGGAGGAGGAGGAGGAUGAUGAACAACCAAUGGAGGAUGAAAAUUCGAAUUUACCCCCAGAAGCAUUACCUCCCGAAGUGGCGCAUGCUUGUAGAAAUUCUGACCAGUAAGUUGUACAUAACAAAAAUUAUUAUUAUUCGUAAUGUAGGUCACUAUUUUUAAUUAUGCAAACGUCUAAAACUAAUGGUAGGCGUAGUGCGUGACGUAUGAGAGCUUCCAUUUAUAUUCUUCGUACGAGCGUUUUCCCAGAAUAUUUCGAACAAAAAUUGAUUUGAACAAUAUUGCUAUUUUAAUGUUCACGUUACGCUAUAAGUGUCUCAGGAUUCAGUUUGUUCUGCUUUUUUUGUAUGCACAUUAUAUUAGAUAUAAAAAGGUCUCUUUUUUUUUUCCCUCUUUUAUGCAUAUAUAAAUAUUAUUGUUAUG